UCCGUUUCAAUGCAUUUUCUUCUUUCUUGAGGGGUGAGAUCCGCUCCCCCUUCACAUGAGCAAUUUCUACUUCUCCUUUUAAUGUUGAAAAGGUCUAAUUCUAACAGUACAGUUUCUUUCAACGAAGUCACAUUAGAGCUAAACUCACCAAUCUCUGGGUUCCUACCAGCGUCCACAGAAUGGCCAGCAAUACCGUGCAAGGAGAAGAGCCACCUAGGUCUCUGGAGGAAAUGGGGUCCAGAGACGAAGGAUUGGAACAGAGAAACGCGUUGGAGUGCGCUCAGAAGGUCACCGAGCUUCGAGAUUCCAUUAAGGAAAAUGUAGAGCUGAUUCGACUUAAGAAACUCUUACAUGAACGGAAUGCCUCCCUGGUAGUGACAAAAACACAAUUAACAGAAGUUCAGGAGGCGUAUGAAACUCUGCUCCAGAAGAAUCAGGGCGUCUUGGGCAUAGCCCACGAUGCCCUCCUGGGCGAAGUGACUAAACUCGGGGAGGAGCUGACGGAGGAGAGCAAAAAGGCUGUCAGCCUGAAGACCCAACUGGAAGAUGUAACCAUCCUGCAGUUGACCCUGAAAGAGUUUCAGGAAAGAAUUGAAGAUUUGGAAAAAGAACGAGAAUUGCUGAAUGACAAUUAUGAUAAACUCUUAGAAAACAUGCUGGACAGCAGCACUCUGCCCCAUUGGGGCAACGAUCUCAUAGGGGAACAGCUGCAAGGGAAAGUCUCUCAGCUGCAAGACAAGCUGCAUGCUGAGCUGGAGGAGAAGAGGAAAAUCUUACUGCACUUGAACGACGAGAAAGUCCAAAACCAGGAGCUAAAGCUUGAAAUCACCCGCUUGCUUCUAAAGCAUCAACAGGAAGUCGAGAUCCUCCAGAAGAAACACACAUGCCCGCCGUCUCCUGGAGGGGAAUCAGAACCGGCCACGCCGCCUGAGGCUCUGUUCCCGGAGACUGCUCAGACAGAGCCCCGUGACUCAAGAGACCAAGAAGUACAGAAACUAUCCCGGAUGCUCGAUGAACUGGAAGCAUCACAUGCAGAGACCACACUGGAACUAGACAAGACCAGAGACAUGGUUCUUUUGCAGCGCAAAAUCAAUGAGUGUUAUCAGGAGGAACUGGAGACCUUGAUGACGAAAGCUGACAAUGACAAGAAAGAAAGCAAAGAGAAACUGGAGCGGUUGAAUCAACUGCUAGAUCUCAAGAACCAUCGUAUCUUGCAGCUGGAAGGUGAUUUUAACCUCACUGACUCUGAGGGGAUGCCCAAUGGAUCUAUUCAGAUGAAACUGGAUUGGGAGUCUCCCUACCUGCCUCCUGAGAACUUCCCGACACCUGAAGCUGAGGAGAAUGAUGGGCAGGAAGAGCCAGAGGUCUCAUCUGAAGAGGAAAUGACUCUCUUUCCCUCCCAGGACCAAACGGCAUCUGCUGAGAUUCCUACUGCGGAGGAGCAAUAUCAAGUCCAGAAAAGGCCUCCUCCGAUAGGAGAAAGAAAAAAGCAACACCAGAUCGCUCGCUACUCCCGAAGAAAGCAUGGCAAACGCGCAGGGCUGCAAGGAAAGAACAGGAUAGAGUACCUCAGUCGCAGCCUCUUUCAUCAGAUGAACUACGCUGAGUGGAAACUCUCAGGGCGUAAAGUCUCCGUAGACGAGGAUUUAAAAAUGAGCCAACGAAAUGAAGAGGCAUCCGCCUGCGCAGCAUUGGAACAGAAGCAACGUCCUGUACAUGCAGGGAGACAAUCCUGCGGUGAAGCUUCGGACGCGAGUGAAGCACAGACUACAGAUAGUGAUGACAUCAUAGUGGCGCCCAUCUCUAAGAAACUUCUUAAGGCAAGUUCAGAGAAGAUGUGCAUUGAAAUCAUCUCGCUAGCCUUCUACCCAGAGGCUGAAGUGAUGUCUAAUGAGAGCAUCAAGCAGGUGUACGUGGAGUACAGAUUCUUUGAUCUGCCUCUGUCAGAGACAGAGACGCCGGUGUCCCUGAGGAAGCCCCGGGCAGGAGAGGAGAUUCACUUCCAUUUCAGCAAAGUGAUAGAUCUGGAUCCGCUGGAACAACAAGGGAGAAGGCAUUUCCUGUUCACCAUGUUGAAUGGAGAAGACCCUGAGCAAGGGCAUUUAAAGUUUAUAGUGGUCAGUGACCCCGAGGAUGCCGAAAAUGAAGAAUGUCAAGAAGUAGGAUAUGCCUAUCUUGAACUGUGGCAAAUCCUGGAGUCGGGAAAUGACAUUCUGCAGCAAGAGCUAGACAUUGUUAGCCCUGAGGACUGCGUGACCCCCAUAGGAAGGCUGACGGUGUCCCUUCAGGCUGCCGCUGCCCUCCACGCUAUUUACCAGGAGAUGGCUGGAGAUGUGUGUAUGUGAGGGAGUGUGCUCCGUCCUCAAAGCGGAGGGAACCAGAGGAAAGUCUCUUAUAAAGUAACUUGCUACACCACGAA